AUGGUUCCUAAAAUCAAAUCAGUCCAAUAUGUUAUCAUCUUUGUAAUUUUCUUAUCGAAGGAAUUUCAUCAGACUUCCCCUCAGAAUGAGACUGAAUCUAAAUCAGUUUCGUCGUCUAAAUCCAACCAGGAGCCAAUGCUCCAAGUGAAUUCAACGCAAAUGCCAACUUUGGAUCCACAGUCAAAUUCAUUCGUACAACCAACGACAUUACGUCUUCAACACAAUUUAACCGUUCAACCCACAGCUUCAACUGAAGUGGUACAAAGUCCCUCAGAAGAGCAAACAAAACUCACUGCAAGUGCAACACCUCAAGUGACUUCAUCGUCGAUACCAACUUUGGAUCCACUAGCAAAUUCAUUCGUACAACCGACAACAUUACGUCUUCAACACAAUUUAACCGUUGAACCCACAGCUACAACUCAAGGGGUACAAAAACCCUCAGAAGAACAAACAAAAUUAACUGCAAGCGCAACACCUCAAGUGACUUCAUCUCCGAUACCAACUUUAGAUCCACAGGCAAAUUCAUCCGAACAAGUGACAACACAACGUCUUCAACACAAUGUAACCGUUCAACCCACAGCUACAAGUGAAGUGGUUCAAAAACCCUCAGAAGAACAAACAAAACUAAGUGCAAACACAACAACUCAAGUGACUUCAUGGCCGAUACCAACUUUGGACCCACAAGCAAAUUUAUCUGUACAACCGACGACAUUACGUCUUGAACACUAUUUAACCGUUGAACCCACAGCUACAAGUGAAGUGGUUCAAGAACCCUCAGAAGAACAAACAAAACUAACUGCAAGCGCAACACCUCAAGUGACUUCAUCGCCGAUACCAAGUUUGGAUCCACAGGCAAAUUCAUCCGUACAAGUGAUAACACAACGUCUUCAACACAAUGUAACCUUUAUACCCACAGCUACACCUCAAGUGAUACAAAAACCCUCAGAAGAACAAACAAAACUAACUGCAAGAGCAACAACUAGAGUGAAUUUAUCGCCAGUACCAAGUUUGAAUCCACAGGCAAAUUCAUCUGUACAACCGAUGACAUUACGUCUUGAACACAAUUUAACCGUUGAACCCACAGCUACAACUCAAGUGGUUCAAAACCUCUUAGAAGAACAAACAAAACUAAGUGCAAACAUAACAACUCAAGUGACUUCAUGGCCGAUAUUAACUUUGGACCCACAAGCAAAUUUAUCUGUACAACCGACGACAUUACGUCUUCAACACAAUUUAACCGUUGAACCCACAGCUACAACUCAAGUGGUACAAAGUCCCUCAGAAGAACAAACAAAACUAACUGCAAGUGCAACACCUCAAGUGACUUCAUCUCCGAUACCAAUUUUAGAUCCACAGGCAAAUUCAUCCGAACAAGUGACAACACAACGUCUUCAACACAAUGUAACCGUUCAACCCACAGCUACAAGUGAAGUGGUUCAAAAACCCUCAGAAGAACAAACAAAACUAACUGCAAACACAACAACUCAAGUGACUUCAUCGCCGAUACCACCUUUGGACCCACAAGCAAAUUUAUCUGUACAACCGACGACAUUACGUCUUGAACACUAUUUAACCGUUGAACCCACAGCUACAAGUGAAGUGGUUCAAAAACCCUCAAAAGAACAAACAAAACUAACUGCAAAUGCAACAACUCAAGUGACUUCAUCGCCGAUACCAAGUUUGGAUCCACAGGCAAAUUCAUCCGUACAAGUGAUAACACAACGUCUUCAACACAAUGUAACCUUUAUACCCACAGCUACACCUCAAGUGAUACAAAAACCCUCAGAAGAACAAACAAAACUAACUGCAAGAGCAACAACUAGAGUGAAUUUAUUGCCAGUACCAAGUUUGAAUCCACAGGCAAAUUCAUCUGUACAACCGAUGACAUUACGUCUUGAACACAAUUUAACCGUUGAACCCACAGCUACAACUCAAGUGGUUCAAAACCUCUUAGAAGAACAAACAAAACUAAGUGCAAACACAACAACUCAAGUGACUUCAUGGCCGAUACCAACUUUGGACCCACAAGCAAAUUUAUCUGUACAACCGACGACAUUACGUCUUCAACACAAUUUAACCGUUGAACCCACAGCUACAACUCAAGUGGUACAAAAACCCUCAGAAGAACAAACAAAAUUAACUGCAAGCGCAACACCUCAAGUGACUUCAUCUCCGAUACCAACUUUAGAUCCACAGGCAAAUUCAUCCGAACAAGUGACAACACAACGUCUUCAACACAAUGUAACCGUUCAACCCACAGCUACAAGUGAAGUGGUUCAAAAACCCUCAGAAGAACAAACAAAACUAAGUGCAAACACAACAACUCAAGUGACUUCAUGGCCGAUACCAACUUUGGACCCACAAGCAAAUUUAUCUGUACAACCGACGACAUUACGUCUUGAACACUAUUUAACCGUUGAACCCACAGCUACAACUCAAGUGGUACAAAGUCCCUCAGAAGAACAAACAAAACUAACUGCAAGUACAACACCUCAAGUGACUUCAUCUCCGAUACCAACUUUAGAUCCACAGGCAAAUUCAUCCGAACAAGUGACAACACAACGUCUUCAACACAAUGUAACCGUUCAACCCACAGCUACAAGUGAAGUGGUUCAAAAACCCUCAGAAGAACAAACAAAACUAACUGCAAACACAACAACUCAAGUGACUUCAUCGCCGAUACCAACUUUGGACCCACAAGCAAAUUUAUCUGUACAACCGACGACAUUACGUCUUGAACACUAUUUAACCGUUGAACCCACAGCUACAAGUGAAGUGGUUCAAAAACCCUCAAAAGAACAAACAAAACUAACUGCAAAUGCAACACCUCAAGUGACUUCAUCGCCGAUACCAAGUUUGGAUCCACAGGCAAAUUCAUCCGUACAAGUGAUAACACAACGUCUUCAACACAAUGUAACCUUUAUACCCACAGCUACACCUCAAGUGAUACAAAAACCCUCAGAAGAACAAACAAAACUAACUGCAAGAGCAACAACUAGAGUGAAUUUAUCGCCAGUACCAAGUUUGAAUCCACAGGCAAAUUCAUCUGUACAACCGAUGACAUUACGUCUUGAACACAAUUUAACCGUUGAACCCACAGCUACAACUCAAGUGGUUCAAAACCUCUUAGAAGAACAAACAAAACUAAGUGAAAACACAACAACUCAAGUGACUUCAUGGCCGAUACCAAGUUUGGACCCACAAGCAAAUUUAUCUGUACAACCGACGACAUUACGUCUUCAACACAAUUUAACCGUUGAACCCACAGCUACAACUCAAGUGGUACAAAAACCCUCAGAAGAACAAACAAAAUUAACUGCAAGCGCAACACCACAAGUGACUUCAUCUCCGAUACCAACUUUAGAUCCACAGGCAAAUUCAUCCGAACAAGUGACAACACAACGUCUUCAACACAAUGUAACCGUUCAACCCACAGCUACAAGUGAAGUGGUUCAAAAACCCUCAGAAGAACAAACAAAACUAAGUGCAAACACAACAACUCAAGUGACUUCAUGGCCGAUACCAAGUUUGGACCCACAAGCAAAUUUAUCUGUACAACCGACGACAUUACGUCUUCAACACAAUUUAACCGUUGAACCCACAGCUACAACUCAAGUGGUACAAAAACCCUCAGAAGAACAAACAAAAUUAACUGCAAGCGCAACACCACAAGUGACUUCAUCUCCGAUACCAACUUUAGAUCCACAGGCAAAUUCAUCCGAACAAGUGACAACACAACGUCUUCAACACAAUGUAACCGUUCAACCCACAGCUACAAGUGAAGUGGUUCAAAAACCCUCAGAAGAACAAACAAAACUAAGUGCAAACACAACAACUCAAGUGACUUCAUGGCCGAUACCAACUUUGGACCCACAAGCAAAUUUAUCUGUACAACCGACGACAUUACGUCUUCAACAUAAUUUAACCGUUGAACCCACAGCUACAACUCAAGUGGUACAAAGUCCCUCAGAAGAACAAACAAAACUAACUGCAAGUGCAACACCUCAAGUGACUUCAUCUCCGAUACCAACUUUAGAUCCACAGGCAAAUUCAUCCGAACAAGUGACAACACAACGUCUUCAACACAAUGUAACCGUUCAACCCACAGCUACAAGUGAAGUGGUUCAAAAACCCUCAGAAGAACAAACAAAACUAACUGCAAGAGCAACAACUAGAGUGAAUUUAUCGCCGAUACCAACUUUAUAUCCACAGGCAAAUUCAUCCGAACAAGUGACAACACAACGUCUUCAACACAAUGUAACCGUUCAACCCACAGCUACAAGUGAAGUGGUUCAAAAACCCUCAAAAGAACAAACAAAACUAACUACAAAUGCAACAACUCAAGUGACUUCAUCGCCGAUACCAACUUUGAAUCCACAGGGUAAUUCAUCUGUGCAACCGACGACAUUACGUCUUCAACAAAAUUUAACCGUUCAACCCACAGCUAUAACUCAAGUGGUACAAAAACCCUCAGAAGAACAAACAAAACUAAUUGCAAGUGCAACACCUCAAGUGACCUCAACGCCGAUACCAACUUUGGCACCACAACCGAUGACUAACUCUUCUCCAUCAGACACAGGUAUCGACCUAUGA